GCACGUAAGCCACAGUACGACAUCUGGGGAAACACUGUGAAUGUUGCCAGUAGGAUGGACACAUGUGGAAUAAUAGGAAACAUUCAGGUCACAGAAGAAACUGCCGGAGUACUAAGGGAGCUAGGAUUCACCUGUGAAAGUCGAGGUUAUGUGUCCGUGAAGGGAAAAGGAGACUUAAAGGCAUACUUGGUAAAAAAGAUGAACCGCUCAAUAUCACAAUCAGCUAACCUCAGUUCCGUGUAUUAAACCUAUAUCAGUUAUCAGAAAUGCAAUUAAAGAGAUUGCAUGAUAUUCGUGUGUAAUGUUACCAUUAACUACUACCAUGGUGGUAUCAUAGUAAUUUGUGAUAACUAUAUAACAGGGGACACUUUGUAAUUACAAGUUGCUUGGUCUAGAGGGCAACAGAGCCAACAAAAAAUGUUAGAAAUGAACUUUGAAUCUUGAAAAUUCUCUCAAAAAGAGUAUGUAGCCACUAGUUUGAGCAUCUUUUCUCAGUCAGCUAAACUGGUGAUAGCCAAAUUCAGCCGUCUGGUCUCUUGUGUUCUGCUGAGGGCUAAAAUACAAGUUCCAAUAGUGACCAUUGGUCUGGUGUGCAAUAUGGCCCAUGUGAACAUUAAAGAAUGCAGUAGACUCUUUGAAAAAGAAUAAAGAUUGUCUCCCAAAUCACCACCAGAAGGACCCACUUCAAACAGACUUAUUCGGUUAUCAUGUGAACAUUAAAGAAUGCAGUAGACUCUUUGAAAAAGAAUAAAGAUUGUCUCCCGAAUCACCACCAAAAGGACCCACUACAAACAGACUUAUUCGGUUAUCAUGUGAACAUUAAAGAAUGCAGUAGACUCUUUGGAAAAGAAUAAAGAUUGUCUCCCAAAUCACCACCAGAAAGACCACUUCAAACAGACUUGCUUUGUUAUCAUGUGAACAUUAAAGAAUGCAG